AUGACUCCGUCUCUGUCGUCCAAUACUCCGACCAACACACAGAAGAGCCAGUUACAGCGACAGGAUUCUGAUGAUCCUAAAGAAGCCUGCAAUGAUUUGACCGCAACCAAAAAACGCAAGCGCCUCUCAGGACGCCCUCUCCUCUCCUUCGCACAACUCAAGUCCCGUAAAGCAGCACGCGAAGCCGCCAGUCGAUCCAAAAACGCAUGGAAAUUCCCUCCUCAGCAGACAGAAGCUUCAACUGCCUCUAUUCUCAAAACGACUCAAUCCAAGCGUCGUAAUGGAUCUUCCGCACUUGAACAGCUGCCCAUCGAGCUUCUGGAAAGAAUUUUCCUGUAUGCGCUCGAAACAAAUUUUUGUCGCGCCAGCCCGUUCCUAGCUUCAGCCGUGUCGAGUGAACGAAUAUAUCGGACGCUGAUUCGACUCGCUUUCUUCAAGGAUACCGAACAUGAAGGGAAUUGUUUGCCAGUGCCGGGACGACGGCAGCGAGUGAAAACCGCGCGUGAAAGAAUCGCAGAAGCGUUGAAGCCUGCGGAUUACAACAUGCGCCUCGACGAAACAGAUCGCGCCAAUCUGCAAGCUACGAUUCUGAGAUGCAGAUGGUGCACCAAAAAGCGUAUACUGGUACAGCUUCCAGUACUGACCCAGAUGAAUAUUUGGAAACAUUGGGUUGGUACUGGAAUUGAAAUUUCAGACCCCGUCGGCCAAACAACGCUCGAUGAUUUUCUGAGCGUUCGUGGACACGAAACCCUGCGUACUUUUCCUACGGCGUAUACCUCGCCUCUAGAAGGUACUGGGCCGGACGGGUCUACAUACUCAAUGUCCAUCAAGCCAUUGAGAUGGAUUAAUAUUUUUCGUUGGACACCAAAAAGAGCGUCAAUUUGUCCUCGUGCAAUGAACAUUCGAAUAAUACCGGAUUAUCUGCUACGUGGGCGGCGUACAGGUGACGGUAAAGAAUGGUGUUUCGCAGAAGAAGAUCUCGACCUUUUGGAAUUGUUCCGUCAACAAUACGAUUGGUGUGGUACAGGCCAUGACGUUUCAUUCUCAAGAAAUGCUCUUCAAUCUGGAAUUCAAACUGCAAUUACUAGUCAGAAUAUGCGCGCACUCACUUCGCUUCUCAAGGUGGAUGAGCUUUUCUUUCGACAACGAUCAACUCAUGACCCUCCCCCAGGAUAUGCCAAUCAACAUACCGGUCAGUAUUAUGCAAUUCCAGAGGAUCACUUUCUUCAGGCUAUACGACUGCCGAUGCCGGAAGCAAUGCAUUCCUUUAUAUUGCUUUUACGCUGCAACGCAGAAAGCAUGCCUCCUGAUUCUUCUGAAUUGACCCAAUGGGCUAUGGAAUUGUCAAGUUACCACGAGAACAACGAGAUAGAUGAAGCGGUACAAUUAUUCGGCGAAUGGUUAUUAGACUUCAUGAUCGAAUUGCCAGGAUACAUUGAUGAAGCUCGACAAGUUCCACGUGAAAAAGCACUAUUCUACCAUGGCGAACUCAAUACGCAGUCCCGGAUGGGAAAACGCUUCCGUGACGAAGUAUGCGAUCGGCUACCUUUCACGUCCUGGGAUAACUAUCACCAACCGUGGUUCUUCGAGUAUUCUUAUGAUGUAUCGACGUCCUGGUCUACAGAUAUCCAAUAG